UCGACCACUCUACACGCAACUUGUACUGUCUGUCACCCAUCCGUCGGUCGGAGAGGAGCUGAAGCAACUAAAUGCUUCAGAUUGACUUUUUCCUCUUCUUUUAGGCAACAAACGCGUCAAACUCGCAGCUAUGGAGUUGUCGGAAAUGUUGUACAACAAAGCAGAGUACAUCGAGACGGCCUCCGGUAACAAAGUUAGCCGGCAGUCGGUGCUGUGUGGAAGCCAAAACAUCGUACUUAAUGGAAAAACCAUUGUCAUGAAUGAUUGCAUCAUCAGGGGGGACCUGGCUAAUGUCCGGGUGGGCAGACAUUGUGUGGUCAAAAGCAGGAGUGUCAUUCGGCCACCUUUCAAAAAAUUCAGCAAAGGAGUGGCGUUCUUCCCGCUGCACAUCGGCGACCACGUCUUCAUCGAGGAGGACUGUGUGGUCAACGCUGCCCAGAUCGGCUCCUACGUCCACAUUGGCAAGAACUGUGUCAUAGGUCGUCGCUGCGUCCUGAAAGACUGCUGCAAGAUCUUGGACAACACGGUUCUUCCUCCGGAGACGGUGGUGCCUCCUUUCACCGUCUUCUCGGGAUGUCCAGGUCUGUUUUCGGGCGAGUUGCCGGAGUGCACGCAGGACCUGAUGAUCGACGUCACCAAGAGUUACUACCAGAAGUUUCUCCCUCUCAGCCAAAUCUGAGCAUCGCCGCCAUGUUGGCAGUGAACUCUCACAACAAACUUGGACCAAAACCCGAGCAACAUGAACUUUUCACACCUUUUAUUGGCUUCACUUGCAGCAGGUGGCAAAGUUCUGUGUGCAAAGUAAUCAAUGUGUCCACAAAUAUAAUAAUAAUAAUGUAUAUAA